AUGCUGCGGAGAGAGCAUGAGAGCGUAAGGUCCGGCAAGGGGACGGGGGAGUUCUUGACUGCUGAGGACUACAAGAAGAUCCAGUACUAUACCCAAAAUGUUAUCAACGAGACGUUAAGAGGCGGCAACGUUGUCAAGUUUGUGCACAGGAAAGCGCUGAAGGAUGUCAGAUAUAAAGGGUAUCUCAUCCCAGCUGGUUGGGAAGUACUGCCUAUUUUUGGUGCUGUUCAUUUGGACCCCUCACUUCAUGUGAAUCCCCAACAGUUUAUGCCUUGCCGAUGGAAGGUAUACAUAUGA